AUGGGCCUUUUCAACCGAUCUCCAGCUCCUCCACCCCCAGCUCCUCCUCCUCCUCCUCCUCCACAACCACUAGGUCAACGUGGCGUUGCACAGAAGAAAGCAACACAACCUGCGGCACAUCAAUAUCCUCAGGGCAGCUUUGGUAUCGGUGUCGAAACAGAGUUCCUUCUCGAACCUCGCAGAAAGGAAUUAAACGGACACACGAUUCGUGAAGCUUCUAUCAACGCAGCAGCGGCGUAUAAUGCCUUCCUCUUAGCUCAAGGCCAAAAGUCUGAUCAUCCGGCCAUGCACAAUGCUAUAGACCAAUCCUAUCGUGGUGUCAAAUUUGCCGAGUGGUCUCUUGACUCGGACUCAACAAUCGAAACGCCAGAUAGGAAUAAAGCACCAUGGGGUCUUGAGAAUAUAUCACCCAUCUUUCGCAGUUACGAAAAUUCAGCAUGGCGUGAGCACAUUGAUACUAUGUGGCGUUUCCUUACAACCAACUACAGAAUUAGCGCCAAUUCAAGCUGUGGCACACAUGUUCAUCUUUCACGUGCAGGUGGUUUCACCCUGGAUGAACUUAAGAGAGUCUGUCAGUGCAUUAUUCAUUUUGAGCCAGCUUUCGAGGGAAUCUUGCCAAGAGACAGACUGUCAAAUGAAUACGCCAGGAGUAAUUGGCUCGAUAACCCAAAUUUUGGCCACAGAAAUCUUAGUAGGAAGGAGAGCAUCGAUAUCAUCCAAAACGCAUCGUCAAUGAGGGAGCUCGUUCUGUUGAUGAAUCCCGACCAUGACAAGAUGUUUGGCUGGAAUUUUCUCUACCUGCUCAACAGCCCUUAUGGUACAAUCGAAUUUCGAAGAGGUGCAGCAAGCAUCAGCUCUAGCGAUGUCUUUAUGUGGAUUGAGAUUGCAAUGUCGUUUGUGGAGGCAUCAAUCCGAGGAGGUAGGCGUGAGAAUCUAGCCAAAGUCCCUGCAACGGUUGGGGGUCUUAAAUGGUUUAUUGGGGCUGCAAGGCUGCCCGAUGGAGUCCCAGGCUUAUAUGACUCGCGUUACUUGAAGAGGCUGUUCUCAAAUAUCCCUGAUGGAGCAUUUAGGCAACCAGUCCCACUUGGUAAACUUUCACCAGCCAAGUUAGCCAAACUGAAGAAUAAGAAACAGGAGGAUAAGAGUAAAACAGUAAUCCUCUCCAAGAUGGCACAGGAGCCGUAUUGGAAUUAG